UUGAAUUGUACCAAUAUAUUUAUUCAGCGAGAUGUCCAAGUGAAUUAAAAGACACAGAAAAAUAACCUGCUGAUUUGUCAGCCAUACCGCGAAUAAAAGGAACUGGGAAAUAAAUAAUGAACUCCAGCUGAACACAGUUGUAAAGAUAAUUUAGCAGCGGUCUCCGGAGCACAUGAAAAAUCAACACAUUCAAUAAUUAAACAUGCAUACCUACGUUAGUUGAAAGAACAAUCUGUUAUCGUGUUUUGCGAUCUGCAAACCGCCAGGUUACCUCACCUCCCGCAGGACUGUCUGCCAGGUGGUUUUUAAAACUCAACCGACGACUCUGUGUAUUACAGUAAAACGACUUUAGUCAUUUUAAAUGUUUACUUCCUUUUAAAAAAAAUUGCGCAAUAAGUCAUUUCUUGUCUUUAAGCUUCACCCGGCGAUCGCUUGUGCUCGUCGUUAUAAUGAACGCCGCUCCACUGUAAGCCUUCAUUCAAACACACGUACUACAGCUGGGCUGGAUAAUUCACACGCUGUGUGCGACUCGGAGUCGAGAGAAAAGGGUAAGAGAGAGAGAAAAAGCGAGGGAGGGAGGCAGAGGAAGACGAGCAGACUGGAAACAUGGCCGAGAAUAAGACGGGCGCGGGAGCGGGGCUCUUUGCCAAACGAGUCCAGAAACAACUGAGCCGAGGCCGGGAGAAGGUCCUGCAGAAGCUGGGGAAGACCGUCGAGACAAAGGACGAGCAGUUUGAGCAGUGCUCCCAGAGCUUCAUCAAACAGCAGAAUGAAGGCAGCAGGCUGCUCAAGGAUUUAAAGUCUUACUACAGCGCUGUGAAAGGGAUGCACGAUGCCUCCAAGAGGCUGUCCGAGUCCCUGCAGGAGGUGUACGAGGCGGACUGGGAGGGCAGACCCGAGCACAAGACCAUCAUGGAGAGCGAUGACCUCCUGUGGAAUGACUUUGAGGAGAAGCUGGCUGACCAGGCAGUGCGCACCAUGGAGACCUACGUGAGCCAGUUCCCCGAGGUCAAGGAGCGUGUUGCGAAGCGCGGCAGGAAGCUGGUGGACUACGACAGCGCCCGGCACCACCUGGAGGCGCUCCAGAACAGCAAGAAGAAAGACGAGGCCAAACUCAGCAAGGCAGAGGAGGAGUUCAAUAAGGCGCAGAGCGUGUUUGAGGAGAUCAAUACUGAGCUGAGGGAGGAGCUGCCAGCACUCUAUCACAGUCGGAUUGGAUGCUACGUGACGGUUUUUCAGAACAUUUCGAACCUGAGGGAUAUUUUCUACAAAGAGAUGAGUAAGCUGAACCAUGACCUGUACGAUGUGAUGACCAAGCUUGAGAUGCAGCAUUCUGACAAGGUCUUCAUCAUCAAGGGAGUAUCCAGUAACAGAGGUUCUGUGAUGAUCUCGUCUCCGAUCCGUCCCGCCAACCCGUCCACCUCCUCUGAGGUCAGUCCGGACCAGAGCCAGAGCCAGAACCAGAACGGGCAGGACUCUGUCUCCUCCAGCACAGAGGAGCAGAACCAAGGCAAUGAAACCACCGAGCCCAGUGAGACAAGAGAGCCCGGCGCUGAUCAACCCAGUGAAGCCACAGCUCCCAGUGAGACUGGAACCAGUGAAGCCACAGCUCCCAGUGAGACUGGAACCAGUGAAGCCACAGCUCCCAGUGAGACUGGAACCAGUGAAGCCACAGCUCCCAGCGAGACUGGAACCAGUGAAGCCACAGCUCCCAGUGAGACUGGAACCAACGAAACCACAGCUUCCAGUGAGACUGGAACCAACGAAACCACCGUAUCCACUGAGCCUGGAUCUAGCGAAACCACAGCUUCCCUAGAGACUGAACCCAUUGAGGUCACAGCCUCCAGCUCAGCCGACCCCCUGAAUGAGAACGCAGCCCCCCCUGAUGAGUCUCGACGCAGCGAGGCCACCCCCACACACCCAGGGGAUGGUGCAGACACCCCACCCAGUGAGGAGCCGCCUGCCUCCGUGCCUCCGGUCUCCAACCCUGCCUCGGAGAGCCAGGAUACCCAGGAACAGCCUCCAGAGGCUGGGCAGAGUCCCCCAGUCUCCCCUGAGGAGAAUGAGGAAGGAGGGGAGGACGAGGCUCAGUCUGGCUCUGAACCACGGCAGAGUUCAGGGGCUGUGGAGGGAGACGGGGCCAGAGAGGAGAGGGAGGAGGAGGAGGAGACCGAGGGAGGCGGGGGGGCUGUCUCCGGAGAGCAAGAGAGUUGAGGUAGAAAGAAAACAACGGCUUCCUCCUCCUCCUCCUCGCUCACACCAUGAACUAACUAACAGUGCGCUCUCCAGACCGCACUGCUCACACAUGCACGCAUGCAGACACACACGCACACCUCUGCUCAGGCCCUGAGCUAACCCCCCCCCCCCCCCCAGGCCCACUGGAUCAGGCUGAGUGACUGCGUCUCAAAGCUCCCCUCUUUCCCCCGUGCGUUCAGCCAGACUCCACGCAGCUUGGUUUCAGCUUGCUUGAUGCCUAAACUCACCCAAGCGUGGCAGCAUCAAACUGCGUGGAGAAAGAGCACUCCACACAGUGCAGUGUAGUGUAGGUAAGAGAUAACUCAGGAUCUGAGAGCCAGCCAAUUCAAUACAGUCUAGUGUAGAGAACUCAUUACUGUACUGGGGAUCUGAGAGCCAGCUAAUUCAAUACAGUCUAGUAUAGAGAACUCAGUGCUGUACUGGGGAUCUGAGAGCCAGCUAAUUCAAUACAGUCCAGUAUAGAGAACUCAGUGCUGUACUGGGGAUCUGAGAGCCAGCAAAUUCAAUACAGUCUAGUAUAGAGAACUCAGUGCUGUCCUGGGGAUCUGAGAGCCAGCAAAUUCAAUACAGUCUAGUAUAGAGAACUCAGUGCUGUCCUGGGGAUCUGAGAGCCAGCCAAUUCAAUACAGUCUAGUGUAGAUAACUCAGUGCUGUCCUGGGGAUCUGAGAGCCAGCUAAUUCAAUACAGUCUAGUAUAGAGAACUCAUUGCUGUACUGGGGAUCUGAGAGCCAGCUAAUUCAAUACAGUCUAGUAUAGAGAACUCAUUGCUGGAGAUCCGAGAGCCAGCUAAUUCAAUACAGUCUAGUAUAGAGAACUCAUUGCUGUACUGGGGAUCUGAGAGUCAGCUAAUUCAAUACAGUCUAGUAUAGAGAACUCAGUGCUGUCCUGGGGAUCUGAGAGCCAGCAUGUUGAUGCAAUUUAGUGUUUAAAAUGUGGUACUAUUAUCAAACUGUGAUUUUUAUGUUUAAAGUUCAGCUUUUGUGACACAAAUUUUUAAACAUACUUUUUUUAUAUACAGUAUAAAUGUAUGAAAAAAUAAAAUACAACUGUAA